UAAUUCAUCUUCCCAAAAUUUGAAUUCCAAAUCAUCGCAACAAAAUACUCAAAUUCUCCUCGGUGAUCAAAUCACCAGGGUUCGUCUUUCUCCAGAGUUUGGUAAAAAUCAGCAUCUGCCGAUUGGCAACGAGCUAAGGGAGAAAUUGAAAAAAGUACUACAUAGCUUCAAUGCACCAGUAAGAUAUGCGUUUGCCUAUGGAAGUGGAGUGUUUCCGCAGAAAGGUUAUGAGGGGAAGCCAAUGUUAGAUUUCAUAUUUGCCGUAAAUCAUCCACAACAUUGGCAUUCUUUAAACAUCAAACAAAAUAGAAAUCACUAUUCCUUUAUGGGAACACUUGGUAGUGGUGCAGUAUCGAUAUUGCAGGAAAAUGUUGGUGCUAGCGUUUAUUUCAACACACAUGUAAAGAUGGACGGCAUGUUAAUCAAAUAUGGAGUGGUAUCCAUUGACUCAUUGUGUAAGGAUUUAUUGAAUUGGGAGAAUCUUUAUGUGGCGGGGAGAAUGCAUAAGCCUAUCAUAAUAUUGAGAGAUGACGCACGGGUGCGUUUGGCUCAACAAGUGAAUUUGGCCAAUUCCUUGAGAGCAGCCUUACUCUUACUUCCAAAAGAUUUCACCAACGAGCAACUUUACAUCACUAUCGCAGCAAUGUCUUACAAAGGAGACUUUCGUAGAUACCUUGGAGAAAACCCAAACAAAAUAAAAAAUAUAGUUUCAAAGCAGAUGGACAGUUUCGAUUUAUUAUAUGCAGAUCUGAUCAAGGGAUUGCCGAACGUAUCAUUCGCGAGUGACUACAGGCUUCAGCAAGAUGAUAAUCCAAGAACCCAUGCCAAAAUGAUACAAGAUUUGCCACGUUUUCUAAGGCACAAAGUUCGGGAGGAGCAUAAGAUGCAAUUGAUCAGAAGCGGAAGGCCUUGGAUAUCUGGUGAGAAGUAA